CCCUCCCCUUCCUCCGGCCUGCGGCCCCCAGUUCCCUCGGGCAGCCCAGGCACCAUGCUCCGGCUCCUCCGGCCGCUGCUGCUGCUGCUGCUGCUGCUGUUGCUCCUGCUGCCACCGCCCGGGUCCGCCGACCCCCCGGGGCUGACCCCGCUGUUCCCGGGGGCGCCGCCCCAGCCCCCCGACUUGCUCUACGCCGACGGGCUGCGCGCCUACUCGGCCGGGGCUUGGGCGCCCGCCGUGGCGCUGCUCCGGGAGGCGCUGCGGAGCCGGGCGGCGCUGGGCCGCGCGCGGCAGGACUGCGGCGCGAGCUGCGCGGCACACCCCGGCGCCCCCGAGCCCGACCCCGCGCCCCCCGGGCCCUGGCCGCAGGCCGGGGAGCCGCCGCUGCUCCGCGCUGUGUUCCGCCGCGCCGAGUGCCUGGCGCAGUGCGCGGCGCGGGCGCUGGGCCCCGGGGGCGCUGCGCGGCUCCGCGUGGGGCGCGCGGUGCGGGACGCCUUCCGCCGGCGGGAGCCCUACAACUACCUGCAGAGGGCCUACUACCAGUUGAAGAAGCGGGAGCAGGCGGCAGCCGCAGCACACACCUUCUUCAUGGCGAACCCCACGCAUCUGCAGAUGCGGGAGGACAUGGCCAAGUACAGACGAAUGUCGGGGGUUCGGCCCCAGAGCUUCCGGGACCUGGAGACGCCCCCAUACUGGACCAACUACGACACCGGCCUGGAGCUCCUGGGCCACCAGGAGGUGGGACUGGCACUGCCCAGGCUGGAAGAGGCCCUGCAGGGGAGCCUGGCUCAGGUGGAGAGCUGCCGGGCUGCCUGCGAGGGCCCUGAGGAGCAGGAGGCAGAGGAGGAGGAGGAGGAGGAGGAAGAGGAGGAGGAGGAAGGGGCCGGGGGCCAGGGCGGCCUCUAGGAGGCCAUCGCAGGACGCUGGAUUCGGGUCCUGCGGUGCCGACAGCGCUGUGUGACCGAUGUGGCCACGCGUCCUGGUCGCAGCCUGCCUGUGCCCGACUUCUUCCCUAGCCAGCUGAGGCGAUUGCACAAGGCCCAUGCUCAGGGGGGGAAUCUGUCUCGAGCUGUGGAAAGUGCUCUGGGCGUCCUGCUCUUCUACCCGGAGGACGAGGCCGCCCAGCAGGCGCUGACGCAGUGCCAGGCCCAGCUGGGGGAGCAGGGGCUGCACCUCAGACCGAGAGAGGACAUCCAGCGCUUCCUGCUUCGGUCCCUGGGGGAGAAGAGGCAGCUGUUCUAUGCCAUGGAGCACCUGGGCACCCACUUCAAGGACCCUGAUCCCUGGACCCCAGAAGGUCUCAUCCCUGAGGAGCUAAGGGCAAAGCUCAGAGAGGAUCAGGAACAGAGGCCUUGGGACCACGAGCCUGCAGAGCCGCAGCCCUGGACCCACUGGAAGGAUGUCCUCCCCCUGGAGGGGGUGACCCUGACCCAGGAUGCUAGGCAGCUGAAUGGGUCGGAGAGAGCGGUGCUGGACGGGCUGCUGACGCCGGCUGAGUGUGGGACGCUGCUGCAGCUGGCCCAGGAUGCAGCUGGGGCUGGAGCCAGGUCUGGCUAUCGUGGUCGCCGCUCCCCUCACACCCCCCAUGAGCACUUUGAGGGGCUCACCAUGCUCAAGGCUGCACAGCUGGCCCAGGCUGGCACUGUGGGCAGUCCAGGAGCAAAGCUGCUUCUGGAAGUGAGUGAGCGGGUGCGGAUCCUGACCCAGGCCUACUUCUCCCCGGAGCGGCCUCUGUAUCUGUCCUUCACCCACCUGGUGUGCCGCAGUGCCGUAGAAGGCGAGCAGGAGCAGCGUAUGGACCUGAGCCACCCCGUGCACGCAGACAACUGUGUCCUGGACCCUGACUCAGGAGAAUGCUGGCGGGAGCCUCCUGCCUACACCUAUCGAGACUACAGUGGACUCCUCUACCUCAACGAUGACUUCCAGGGUGGGGACCUGUUCUUCACGCAGCCGAAUGCCCUCACUGUCACGGCCCAGGUGCGUCCCCGCUGUGGACGCCUCGUGGCCUUCAGCUCCGGAGUGGAGAACCCGCACGGGGUGUGGGCCGUGACCCACGGGCGGCGCUGUGCCCUGGCGCUGUGGCACACGUGGGCACCCGACCACCAGGAGCAGGAGUGGGCAGAGGCCAAAGAGCUGCUGCAGAAGUCGGAGCAGGAAGAGGUGGCGGCGGAGGAACCGCCCGGCAGAGACCCUGCCCCAGAGCCCCCCAGGCGCAAGGCCCAGCGGGUCCACGACAGAGCUGGAAAGGCGCUCCGGGUCCGGGAGGAGCUGUGAGUGGCUGAGCCAGGCCGUGGGCGCGUGGCCACCUGGCCGGAAGGGCCCCGAGAAGGCCUCGUGAUGUCAGGAGCCAACUGGUGAGCUCACCGUCCCUGUGCUCUGCCAUUCGGAGCCACAGGGCCCCAGCCUGGACUCAGGGUGCUCACCAAGCCUGGAGCAGGCCUGGCCCCCGACUGAUGGACCCGUAGCUCUGGGACAGAUGGAGGACACUGCCCUCCGGAAGCAAAGGCCAGGGCUGAGGCUGACCGCCCUCCACGAGGGUCAGGGUGCUGUGCUCUCCCUCCCCGAUGUACAAUAAAGGACUGAAGGCCCCA